GCCAGUCCCAAUUCCCUACCUACAACUGGAGGAUUGUGGAUAGGUGGCGAGGAGUGUUGUGAACAAGGCAGAUUCAAGGGCCUGAUCAAGACAGUCAAAAUUUGGAAGAGGGCACUGGACCCAGUUCAUCUGAAACGGAGCAUGGAAGCAUUUGGUACAGCUAACACGACUACUGAAGCUCUGAAAGAUGGCCUGGUCGGACAUUGGGAGUUGGGAGAGGUGAUUCAGCCCCCGUGUAUGGGUGUAGAUCAUGGCGGAGAGGACUGGAUCCUUGAUCGAUCUGGUAUCAUGCUAAUCUCAGGUAGCCAUUGUAACAUCAGUCAGUUCACAGUACCAAAAAACAUAAAUGCAUACGUCAAACCCUGGGAUGGCACAACAGGAGGAACACUAAAGAUUCAAGCCAAG